AUGGUAAAAAAUUACCGGGUUGUUGUAUUUGGCGUGAAAGGUGUUGGUAAAACGGCAAUUAUUGAACAAGCUAUUUAUGGAAAAUUUAAUAAAGACGUUGUAAGUAUAAUAAAAGUACCUAACUACUUGUAUAACUUAUAAAAUUACUUAAUAUUAAUUGUACAAUUUUGGUUAUAGAAAUUGUGGCCCACUAUUGAAGAUAUAUACCAAGCUUCUAUCGAAACCGAUAAAGGGAUACGUGAACUAGUUCGUUUUUACGAUACUGCUGGUUUGGACUUGGCACAAUUGCCCGAGGUCGGAUUAUAUUCAAAUCCAGAUCCUUCUUUAGUGCUAUCGUUUGGUCAAAUAGCUAGACAGUAUGCAUCUAUUUCUGAUGCUUUUGUGUUAGUCUAUGAUACUAGUCGACCAGAAACUUUUGAUUGUUUGGUCACAUUAAAGAAAGAAAUAGAUAGGAAUAAAGAAAAAAAAGAUGUAAGUAAAUAUAAGUUUGUAUAUUAUAUUUAAAUUGGUACCUACCUAAUUUAAAAACAUUUCCGGUACAAUUUUUAAAUUUUUCCAGGCAUUUUAUGUAAUUUUAGGUCAUAAAAUCAGAGAAAUGGAUAUUAAAGCACCGACUUUAGAGUGUCCGACUAGUCGAGCUUCUCAUUGGUCCAUUAGAGAGAAAAUGAAACAUUUUGAAGUAAAUGCUUUAGAUCGAACUACUUUGUUCGAACCAUUUACAUAUAUUGCAUCAAAAUGUAACACCGCACCUCCAAAGAGCAGUUUUCCUCAAUUAGUACGAAAAGGUACUCAACAUUAACAAGUAUUAAGUAACACAAAUGUAGAAUAAAGGGUAUCUAUAAAAUACAGUUGCUAACUUAUAUAAUUAAUUAGAUAAGUAUUUAUUUAACUUUUAGGACUUAUGUUACCUAUUCUUUACUUUAGCUGAGGAAUUAAAAUUUUGUUAUAUUUCAUCACCAAAUAUUUCCAUUUUAGAAGCUCACUAUUCUGUCCAUGACCCAACAUGUGAAUCUAUUUUACAAUACAAAUAUGCUGUCACAAACUGUUUCAUUAAAUAAAAUAAUUAGAUGUUACUUUUAAUCACAUUUGCAAUGAACCAUUCAUAUUUUAGAAUUAAAUAUAAAAAUGCGUAAAUUAUACAUUAAAUGCAGAACAAUUUUUAACUAUACACUGGCUAAAAAAUAUAAUAUUUUGCUUUAUCUAAAUUUGUAAUAGAAUAUGAUAUAGUGGUAUGGAGAGGAGUCUACAUAUAUAAACUACAUACAGGUUGCACAUAAUAUCUUUAUAAUUAUUCUUUGUAAACCUUGAAUUUAUCCGAGUAAAUAAUUUUACUUUGACAUGAAAUUAUUAACUGAUUAACUGUGAACAAAUUAUACUAAAAAAAAAAAAAAAAAAAAACAUUUAUAUUAUGUACCUAUCACAAGAAAACUUAAUAAAACCAUUCAUUUACAACUACAACACAAGAUCUGAAAAUCUAAUAUUUCCAAAAAUAAACAUCUCAAAAUAUUAUGACAGCUAUCUGAUAACUGGUUUAAGACUAUAUGAAAAGCUUCUUAUUCAUAUACAAAAUUGUCAACAAUUUGUAAAUUGGACUGGGAAUUAAUUUUGUGAAAUGGUUUUGUUAAUACUAAAAAUUAUACAUGUAUUAUUAAAUUCUAAAACCUAUUAUCAUUAUAUUCUUUUUCUUCUUUAGAGACUCGCCUAUCAAAACAAGGACAUCAUCCUUAG